AUGAACUUAAAUCUAAAAUUAAUUAUAGAUAUAAAAUACUUCAAUAUAGAAAUAAUAUCUCUAUAAUUAAGAGUCAAAUAGAUUGGAAAAGUUUUAUUCAGAACCUAAUUUAAGAAAAUAAUUCGUGCCAUUAAACAGAUAAACUUAUUUAGAAAGAAAAUAUUUACGUUAAGAAAAGGAUGGUCAUUUAGAAGAUAGGAAUAAUUGUAUAAGAACUUUAAAUGUAAAUUAUAAUAAUACUUAUUAAAACACGCUAAUAAGGAAACAUAUCAAGGUUAUAUUUUAGAAACUAAUAUAUUAAAUCGUUGUUAUUUUUAUUAAUUAUCUAAAUGA